AUGUCUGACUCAAAGUACUUUCAAACAACCAAAAAAGGUGAAAUACAUGAAUUAAAGGAAGAAUUACUUUCACAAAAGGAAGAUAAAAAGAAAGAAGCAGUCAAAAAGGUUAUUGCUGCCAUGACUGUUGGCAAGGAUGUCAGUAUGUUGUUUACACACGUACUCAAUUGCAUGCAAACACAUAAUCUUGAACUCAAGAAACUUGUCUAUCUCUACGUUAUGAACUAUGCAAAGAAUCAUCCAGAUAGAGCUAUUUUGGCUGUAAACACUUUCCAAAAGGAUGCAUCUGAUCCAAAUCCAUUAAUUAGAGCAUUAGCAGUUAGAACAAUGGGAUGUAUUAGAGUUGAUAAUAUUACAGAGUAUUUAUGCGAACCAUUAAGAUUCUGUCUCAAGGAUCAAGAUCCAUACGUCAGAAAGACUGCUGCCGUUUGUGUAGCCAAACUAUACGACAUCAACCCAGAGUUGGUCGAGAAUCAAGGAUUUUUGGAUAUUCUAAACGAUAUGUUGGGUGAUUCCAACCCAAUGGUAGUUGCCAAUGCAGUUGCCUCACUCACAGAGAUUGACGAGGUCAGCAAGACCGAAGUGUUUAUGAUUCACGCCGGUAACUUGGCCAAGUUAUUGGCUGCCCUCAACGAAUGCACUGAAUGGGGUCAAGUAUUCAUCCUCAAUGCACUCUGCAAAUACACUCCAAGAGAUUCACGUGAAGCUGAAAGUGUUUGUGAACGUGUUGCUCCACGUCUUCAACAUGCCAAUAGUGCCGUUGUACUCUCUGCUGUUAAAGUUUUAAUGAAAUAUUUAAAUACUGUACAAUCACCAGAUUUUGUAAAGAUGUAUUGUAAAAAGAUGGCACCACCAUUGGUUACUUUGUUGAGCAAGGAACCAGAGAUUCAGUUUUUGGGAUUACGUAAUAUCAAUUUGAUUGUCCAAAAGAGACCAGAGAUCUUGCAGUACGAGAUGAAGGUAUUCUUUUGCAAGUACAAUGACCCCAUCUACGUCAAGAUGGAGAAGCUCGAGAUCAUGAUCAUGCUCGCCAACGAGAAGAACAUUGACGAGGUGUUGCUCGAGUUUAAAGAGUACGCCACUGAAGUGGACGUUGAAUUUGUGCGCAAGGCUGUGCGUGCGAUCGGACGUUGCGCCAUCAAGAUUGAACGUUCUUCGGAGCGUUGCAUCCAGGUUCUACUCGACCUCAUCCAGACCAAGGUCAACUAUGUCGUGCAAGAAGCCAUCAUCGUCAUCAAGGAUAUCUUUAGAAAGUAUCCAGGCAAGUAUGAAGGUAUCAUUGCCACAUUGUGUGCCAACCUCGAGUCGCUCGACGAGCCAGAGGCCAAGGCUUCGAUGAUCUGGAUCAUUGGAGAGUACGCCGAGCGUAUCGACAAUGCUCACGAAUUGCUCGGCUCGUUCCUCGAGUCGUUCAAGGACGAGAGCAGUCAGGUACAACUCCAACUAUUGACAUCGAUUGUCAAGUUGUUCCUCAAGCGUCCCAAGGACGCACAACAGAUGGUACAGACCGUCCUCAACAUGUCGACACAGGAGAGUGAUAACCCUGAUCUUCGUGACCGUGGGUUCGUCUACUGGCGUCUCCUCUCGACCGACUUUGAGGCUGCCAAGGCUGUCGUACUCUCUGAGAAGCCACUCAUCACCGACACUACCAGCCAACUCGACGACCUGUUGCUCAACGAACUCGUCUCUAACAUUUCUACCCUCUCCUCGGUCUACCACAAGCCACCCGAGACAUUUGUCGCCAAGCUCAAGGGUCUCAACAAGCGUGGUCUCCGUGUCAAGGAUGAAGAAGAUGAUGAAGAACCAGACUAUGUUGAUGAUGAUAACUUGCAUAAUAACCAUGGUAAUAACAACAACCAACAUGGUGGUAAUCAACAACAACACCACCAACAAAACCAACAACAACAACAACAACAACGUCAAGGUAGUUUGAUUGAUCUUGGUCUUGGAGACUUGGAUUUAGGAUCACCUGCAGGUAGUAGUGGUGGAUUUAAUUCACCAUAUGGUAGUGGUGGAGGUUACCCACAACAACAACAGACACCACCACAACAACAACAGAGUCCAAGUGAUUUAUCAUUCUUGAGUUUUGAUGGUCAACAACAACAAGGAGGUGGACCACAAGUUCAAAAACAAAUUCUUAUAGGAUCAGACAAGGGACAAGGUAUCCAGAUUAGCGGAGCAUUUGCACGUUACAAUGGACGUGUAUCACUAGAGUUGACUCUUCUCAAUCUUUCAGGUGCACCAAUGAACAAGUUCAAGAUCCAAUUCUACCAAAACAGCUUUGGUGUUGCUCCAGUCGAACCCAUCCUCAACUGUCCAGCCGUCGAUAACAACCAAUCGGUCGAUGUGUCGGUACCAAUCACUUCCAACGGUCAAAUUGUCCAACCACUUAAUACAGCCAUCAACAUGGCCAUGAUGGUACUCCCAUCACAAGCCAAGUUCUACUUCCAAAUGACAUUCCCAUAUCAGGUACUCUUUAACGAAGGAGGUCAGUUGGAUCGUGAAAACUACCUCUCCAUGUGGAAGAGUAUCCCCGACCAAAACGAACGUAGCAAGGACAUCCAAAUCCGUCUCCAACAAUUCGAUGUAGACUCUAUCAGCCGUCGUCUCCAAUCUCGCAACGUCUUUGAAAUCGUUCGUAGAAAGGCUCAAAACCAAGAAAUGUGUUGCUACUCUGUCAAGACUGACAACUCUAUCUAUUUCCUCGUCCAACUCACCUUUGUUGCUCAGUCUCGUGUCGUUCGUUGUGAAUAUAAAUCUCCAGCCGUUGAUUUUAUGCCUCUAUUUGAACAUACUAUUGAUUUAUUAAUUAAUAAUCAAAUUUAA